AUGGUAGGGCCACAAAAAUCCACAGGGACGACCUGCGCCUCGUUUCCACCGCCGAGGAUCCCUCUGAGGGUAGGGAGUGCCCAAGGGCCCCCACCCCAAGCGCACCAGCCUCACGUGCCACAUCACCAGUCGGCCAAUCACCCUACCAUUAACCCACCACCAUGGACACCACAUCACCAUCAUCACCACCCCAGUCACCAGCUCCAUCCUACGCCACCAGCCACGCCACCAGCCACACCACCACCCACCACCUCACCCGCCGACACGCAGGACUUGUGCCGGCCCACCAUCAUAGCUGACGCACCAUCACCGAUGUCACCAUUCGCAUCACCAGUCACACGCCCCACGUCACCGACCAUGUCACCUGUGAUGACUUUCUGCCAUCUUAGCCAAAGUGCGAGGAGCGAGCUAAGGAGACUUGGGCGUCUAAUUGACAGGUUGGACCCAGAUGGCGAAUGCUCCAGCAGGCCAACUACCAUGACCGCUCAGCCAUGCCCCGAGGGGGAAGGUGGUGACCAGACAGCCCCCGGAGUGGGAGGGGGAACAUUAGUGCCGAGGUACCACGACAGUCCACAAGAGUCCGCCAAAAUCCGGGGCACCUCAGAGAGUUCAUUUGGCGCCCACUACGACCACCAGUAG